CUCCCAUCUGCCGAUCAUCUUUGUUUUGUCUUUGCAGCAAUGCAUGGGUCUAUAGUAAGCAUGCAUCGACAAACUGAGGUGCGACCCAUUGAACCAAGAUCUUGCUGACGAAAACAGUCACCAGGGGUUCGUUUACCGACGAAAGGAGUAGCGGGAGACUCACUCUCUUCCUCUGUCACGUGUCGGUCGUUUCCUGGCAAAGGUCUCAAAAUAAGCUCAAACUUUCACCUAUAUUAGCAGGGCCAGCAGGUAGGGCUGUCAUGCAGGACCAGAAUCCUAGACAGGAAGAGGUAUACGCCAAACAACGACAAAGAUGAGCUCGACUCCCAACCGCCAACACGACAGUAGCUGGUUCGAUGAUGACUCAUCAUCUUUGCAAGGAGAGAGUGAUGAGCAUGAUGAAGAGAGCGACCAAGUUGGCGAUAUUCACGAGACAAUUGAAAGAACGAGCUUGAUCGUCAACCCAAACGACAAUAGCUGGUUCGAAGACGGCUCGUCGUCCCUGCAAGAGAAUGACCAGCAUGAUCUUACUAGCGCUCCCACCAGCUCUCACCCAAACGACAAUAGCUGGUUCAAUGACGGUUCGUCGUCCCUGCAAGAAGAGAUUGACCAGCAUGCUCUUACUAGCGCUCCCACCGACUCUCAAGCAGCAGCCCCCUCUGUGAUCACGGGUAGGAUUGAGAAAUACAUCGAUCACUUUCGGAAUGCCACCAACAACGAUCAACGAGUAGACGCUCUCCACGGCCUGUCUCAUACCGGCUCAGUUGGUGCGGCCUUCCGGUCUUACUAUGCUUAUGAAGCACAAACCUUUGUGCACCAACUUUCUAGGUCUCGUCAGGAAUUCACGUCCUUCUUGUCACGUUCACGACGUACCAUUCCACGCAGACCCGUCCCACUUCCUGCCGACAUGCACACUGGCGACCCCGCGGACGAUGCGCUUCUUGUCUCUUGGUGGGAUCGCAAACAGGCAAGCGACGUGCAACCCUCAUGGGUCAUACAAGCAGACGAACGGCUUGUGUUGGAAGAAGAGGUAAAUAAGCAUUUCUGGAAUGAUGUGAAUGACACGCGAGUGGGGGACGCCGUAACUGAGAUCUUGAGCCAAGCUUGGGUGAAGGACGUGGACGUUGAGGGCGUUGGCAUCGAAAAGGGACCGCUUUGAUCUUAGACAUCGGACGACUCGUUUUAUGCUGUCGAUGGUGGCGGCCAAAGUUUACUGGACUGUUCAUGCAUGCUUCUGACGAGAUGAGCCUCCUCGUUCCCCGGCAAACUCAAGAUACGCAAAGAUAUUCACGUUGCAGCCGCUGGGCGGACGCGAGUACCCGACUUCCAUGUGUUGCCACAGUCAGUCCAUACACGUUCCCGGACUCAUACUCAAACCAACGUGUCAGCCAUCGACCUUCCGCGCACUGCAGUCAGGUAUACCCUCA